AUAUACGAAGUGUUUCCGAAAUCAUAGUAAAACUGAGAAGAAAAUUAUUCUAUGCGAAAAACUGCGUAGAAAAUAUAAAAUAAUAACUUUUCAUAUGAUUCUUCGUCCUUCAGAUAAUCAAAGUUUUGGUUUCAAUUAUAGAACAACGGUAUUUGAAAAAAAUUGGUAAAAAUUUGAAGAAAACUAUUCUUCUUUAGAAUAACUUUUUUAAUCGAUAACAAUUUACUGAAACGUGCAAUUUGUAUAUUCAAACAUUUAUUGUUAUGUGUUCGCCAUUUGGAGUUCAAUUCAUUUAAAUCGUAUGCGCACACGCAUUUUUGAGUUUGGAGCUAUAUUCACACAAUAUAACCUGUGUAAGAUUUGUGUGUGUACACUGAACUGGUUCUUGAAAAACGCCGGAUUUCAUCUUUGUGAGAAUUUUCUAUGAUAAUAUUUAGUCAAAACUGUACUGUUAAUAUUGCAUAUAUAAUUAAAGUAUCGCAUACAAAUAAAAUUUGUCACUGAAGUAUGAUACUUGUAUAUAUAUAUUUUUAUUAGUAUUUAUAUGUUAUCCAUUAACAUUUCAUAAUGGUAUUACAUAAAUUGCAUAAAUUACAGUAUAUAAAAUAAAGGAAAUAAAUUGUAUAGAUAUGUUUAGAUUUUGAUAAAUUUACAAUUGUAAUUUUUAAGUAAGAAUGGCUAAUAUUACUGCACAUGAUAUAUUUAAAAUACCACGCACAAAAGACAUUAAAAUACAGGAGAAUGUCACAUUUUAUCAAAUGGGUUUUUCUCAAAAAAUUUUGGAUGGACUAUCUGUUUGUGGAUUUCAAAAGCCUUCCCCGAUACAAUUAAAAGCUAUUCCUUUAGGAAGAUGUGGAUUUGAUUUAAUAAUGCGGGCUAAGUCAGGAACUGGAAAAACUUUAGUAUUUUGUGUAAUAGCACUUGAAAUGUUGGAUAUACAAAUAUCAUCUGUGCAAGUAUUAAUAUUAGCACCUACCAGAGAAAUUGCUGUACAAAUUUCAGAAGUAUGUUCAUCAUUAGGAUGCGAAAUAAAAGGCUUAAAAGUUGAAGUAUUUAUUGGAGGAAUGACUUUGGAUGGUGAUAAAAAGAAAGUAAAAGGUUGUCAUAUAGCUGUUGGUGCUCCAGGUAGAAUUAGACAUUUAAUCGAUAAAGGACUGCUAACAGUUGAAAAUGUAAGAUUAUUUAUUCUUGAUGAAGCAGACAAGUUAAUGGAAAGCAGUUUUCAAAAAGAUAUUAAUUUCAUUUUUUCAAAAUUACCAUUGAAUAAACAAGUUAUAGCAUCAAGCGCUACUUAUCCAGGUGAUUUGGAAAGCUUUUUAUCAGCAUAUAUGUGCUCUCCAGUUCUAACAUCUCCAGAUAAUGAUGGACCUGUACUUAUUGGACUUAAACAAUUUGUAGCAUUUGUUCCUUUUCAUCCUAAUGCAAUGCAACAGGUCCAAAUAAAAGUAAAUGAACUAAAAAAAAUAUUUAAUAAAGUUCCAUUCAAACAAAGCUUAGUUUUUACAAAUUACCAAUCAAGAGCACAAUCAGUGUGUAACAAAAUUACUUCUAUGGGUUUUACAGCAACCUAUAUUGCUGGGAAUCAAGAUAUGACAAAAAGACUUGAAGCAAUUAAUAAAUUGAAAACAUUUAAAUGUAGAAUAAUGUUAACAACAGAUCUAACUGCGAGAGGUAUAGAUGCAGACAAUGUGAACUUGAUUGUUAAUUUUGAUCUGCCGGCAGAUGCAGCAACAUAUUUACAUAGAAUAGGAAGAGCUGGACGUUACGGAUCACAUGGUAUAUCGAUAACAAUAAUAGCAGAGAAUGAACUUGAAACGUUCAAACAAUUAUUAGCCUCAGUUGGUGAUUCGAAUUUUUAUGUAUUAAAACUUCCAACAAAUUAUCCAGAUGAUAUUUGGACUACUCCUGUUACCAAAUUUGACAAAAUUUUUGCAAACUCUCAUAUUAAAGAAAACUCACCUAAAACUGGCAUGUCUACUGCAAGUGUAAAUAAUUUAAUCGUAACAGAUGAUAAGGUUGUGGAAUAUAACAAAAUUUUAGGAAAUGAAACAUUAAAUAGUAUGAAUAAGGUAACUGUAAAUAAUGUACAGCCUUGUGGUGUAGAAAAUGUGAAAAACAGCGUAUUUAAAACUACUAAUAAUUUCCAUAAAAGUUCUUUUAAUUUAAGUGAUAAAAUAGAAGUUAGCUCUUUAUUUUUUGAAGACAUUGAUACAAUUACACCUCCACCUGUAAAGGAAACUGAAGAAGACACGCUUAAAUGUUACAGUCAGUCAAAGUUAAAAGUUAUACAUAAAAUUAAAUUAGACCCCAUUUCAAAUAAUCCUUCCAAAUGGCAGAAAUCUAAUGAAAAUAAGGAGUUUGAAGUUGAUUUGACAGAUCUCCAAGAAGAUGAUUUAUCUGAUAUUGAUAUUGAAAACGUUGUUGACUACCUAAGUUACAAUUUUCGUACUAAAAAAUUAGAAGGAGAAACGGUAUGUGAUGAUGGCAUAAAUAUUGCUGCAAUUUCUGAAAAUACAGUAUCUACUGGAACUGAAGAACUAGCAUCAGCCCAAAAUGCUGAAGAUGAAAUAAAGGAAUUGAUUUGUUGUUUCAAUGAUUAUGUGACUAAUUAUGGUAAAUGUGAUAGUUAUACAGACUUAGAAGAAGAGGAAGCACAAGUCAAACAGGCAACUACAUGGAAGAAAAAAUUGGACUUUGAAAUUAACUUAUUAGAUACUACAAUGAACAUCAUGAAAGAGUCUGUUCAAAAAUUAAUAUAUUUUGAACAUAUUAAAAUGCUAAAAACGUUCUAUAAUAUACAAAAGCGAGCUGUUUUGUGCAUUUAUCCAGAAAUACGGACUGAAGAUGAAGUAAAUGAUACUUAUUUAUAUUCUGGAUCCAUAGAUGGACAAUUACUACAGGUAUAUAAAGAAAUAGAAGAUUUUAAAAGUUUGCAUAGAAAGUCGGGUAAAGAAUUCUGUGCAUACUUUCCAUAUCCGAUUAAAGAACAUGAAUAUAUGCCGAAUCUUAUGUUUACUGAAAAAGAUAUGGAAGAUUAUCGCAAUGCAUUACGAUAUUUAAAGUCUAGUCCGUAUCCAAGAGAAAAAUUAUUGCCGAUAAUAAAUUUUGUAGCAUUUAUUAGCGAAAACACACACUAUGAUAUAUUAAAAAAAUUACAAGUUCAAAAAGAAAAGUCAUUUGAUGAAUUAUUAGAAACAAUACAAAACAAUGCAUUAGAUGAAAAUAAGUGUAUGGAAUAUGAAAUCGAUUCAUCAAAAGAUGUUGGCAAUCGUAUUCAAAAUUUUACUAGUUCAGGAGCAUAUUCUUUAGAUAGUCAAUUUAUUAAUGUUCAACAUUUGCAAAAUGCUGUUAGAAAAGAAAAUAUAACUAUAAAUGAAGAAGAAGUGGAACAAAUAAAAGAUGCACACAGUUCCCCUGAUAAUUUUAAUUCUUCAAAUUCAACAGAAUGCAUCAAUAAUUCAGUUGAUGUUCAAAACAGUUCUUCACUAAGUGAGAGUAAUAAUCUUAAAAAAUCUAAAUUGAAUGAAAAAGUAAACACGAAGAGCAAAUUUUAUAGAUGGAGAAAAAGUCAGAAAAAAAGUAAUAUAUCUAUUAAAAUAAAAGAAUCAGCUCUGCGUAGAAUUACACCGGUUUGUGGAAACAAUAUUUUAUACAACAAUGAUUCAUUUUGUAAUAAUCCUGAUUUAUUGAAUAAGCACCCUGAAUCAAAAAUUCAAUUAAAUUCAUUAAAGUAUCUUACAGCAAAUCAUACUGAUGUAUCUUCAUUAAAAAUGAAAUCAGAUUUGUGUAUAAGGAAUAAACAACAAGGUAUUCAACAUGUACAUGAUCCACAAAUCGAGACAUUCAUGAAUAAAUCUCAGGAAUACCAAGAACAUAUAUCAAGUGAAUCUACUUUUACACCAGUAAACAAUUCUUUAGAAGAAUAUUGGACUAAUAAAGCUACAACGAAUUCAAAUGAUUUCUUUAAUACUAUUUAUUGGCAACAAUAUAAACAAGAAACACAUAAUGUUCCUUAUAUUUCUCAAGAAGAAAAUGAUCCAUACUCUAAAUAUUCCACAAAUUCUCAUUUUUCAAAACAUGAAAGCAAUAUUUUUCCUCUAACAAAUAAAAAUUCUAAUGAAUUGAAUAUUGAACAAUUUUUAGCAGCAUUGAGAGUUCAAACAAAUUAUUUACACAUAGAGUUAUAUAAAUCUCAGAUGCUUCACAGAUGAAUAAAAAAGUGAUGAUUAAAAUAAGUAUUACAAAUUUAUAUAAUUAACAAAA